UCACCAUGGCUGCAGUAAGGAUGGGUAAAGGGAGGGGGGGUUUGGUGUCUCUGGGGACCUGCUUCUAAAACAGACGCAACAGAAAAGAUGCCUCGCACACAGCAGAGCUGCAGGGAAAGAGCGCUGUUCUCCAUGGCUAAUGUCAUGCAUCUCAUCGUACUACUUCUCUACUGUAAUGGGAUGAAUACAGAAACAACCCCUUCCCCAGAAUCUGAUCCUGUAAUUACAACCAAAAAAGCUGAAUCUAAAGGUCAAAGUCAAGUCAUUAUUGAAGAGCUUGCAAUCCUGAAACCCCAAUAUAUAGAGCUUUUAUGUAACUUAACUGAUAUUCCAAAUAACCCCCUGUACAUUACUGGCUAUUGGACUAAAGAUGGACAAGAAAUUGAAAACUCUGAAGAAACUGUAAAUAGAAACAAUGAACAGUAUAUUCUUAAAAGGACUUUCAGUAUACAGGCCAGAGACCUGGGAAAUUAUUCAUGCGUCUUCAGAGAAAAUGAGGCGCAAGUAACAUUUGUUUUAGAUGUUCCGGUAAUGAAAGAAAAAAGAGACAAGCCAGUAGUGAGCUACAUUGGAGAUUCAGUUGUACUCGAGUGUAAACUCAAAUACACACCAAACACAUGGAACUGGUACAAGGCAAACAACACUGAAAAGGUGCUCAUCAAUGUCACUGCAAACCCUCUGAACUAUAAGAUCCUUAUUAAUGGAAAUAAAACAAAACUGACUGUACUGAAUCUGACUGAGGAAGAUUCUGGAAAGUACAUCUGCAGUGCUGAGUUUGAUAUCAAACCCAGUGAGUCUUAUGUAGAGCUGAAGGUCAUGUCGUACACUGAGCCUCUCAAACCCUUCAUGGCCAUAGUGGUGGAAGUCAUUGUCCUGGUCACACUGAUUUUGCUUUGGGAAAAAUGCAACAAGCCGCAACAUAAUUCUUCUGCAGGAGGGAAUGAUAUCUACUCUGAACAAACCAGCAAACUCACUCAUGAUGACAGCAAUGGAGUUAACAACACGACAAGACAUAGAAAACUGGAGCACUGAGAUUUUCAUUUAAACAGAUGAAAGAGCAGCGUGUGAUUAUUUAGAAAACAUUUUAUUCUACUUUUGAAUCUUGAGGCUUGAAUCACAUAAUAAGCAAUAAGGUUUUUUGUCUGUUACAGCAAUAUCAUAUAUAUUUACAUUUCUAAUAUUACAUAAUUAUGAAGUAUGAAGCAUGUUUUCAUAUUUCAAUAUAGUGUUAUUGUAAAGGGUUCAUAUGACCUUUUUUGGACAUCAGUAAAGGUCAACUAAUAACGAAACCGGUUCCUUUUCUGAAGGCUUUACUAAAGGGUUAGAUGAUAGAUCGCUUCAUAUGAUGAACGUUUUAGGCUUUUAUUCAAAUAUAAACCUCAACGCACAUGCAUAGAGGUCAAUGUAAGGCAGCUCAACUGUGCUUGAUUGAGAGGUUUGUUCAUCAUGUAAAGUGAUUGCAUCCCUUAAGAAGUUUUAAAUUAAACCACUCAAUUCAUAUGGAUUAUUUUAGGAUGUCUUUUUGUACUUUGCGAAAGUUUUGGUUGUGUGGACUUUUAAUGGAGGGACAUAAAUAAAGAGCAGUUAUUAAAAAUGUUAAUUUUCAUUUCAAAGUUAAAAGUCUUUUAGGUUUGGAACAACAUGAAGGUGUGAGUAAAUGAAGACAAGUUUCAUUUUUGGGUGUUGACCAACAAUGUGUUAUCUUUUGAUCUGUAUGAAAAUACCUUAAUUCAGUUCUAUUUUGGGUGAUUUUUUCCCCCUCCAUUUCUGCCACCUGAUGGAGUUUGGGUUCCUUGCCACUGUCGGCUCUGGCUUGUUUAGUCAGGGACACUUAAUAUUCAGCAAUAUUAUUGAUCUGACAUGCAUUGACACUAUUGGAUGAGAACUGAACUGAGCUGGAUGACGACAUCACUGUUUUUUUUCAGAGCUUCUUUAUAGCUGAAUUGAACUCAUUUCAUAUUUGAUGUACUUUACACAAUUAUUGAACCGAAAUCGAUCAACACUGAAUCGUUCAACUGAAUGACUGUUUACUGUUGUCUUUUUAGAGUUGCUUUACAGCAGAGUUGAAUUCUGUUUGCAUCACUGAAGCGUUAUUUUCCAAUCACUGUAAAGUUUCUUUGAAACAAUCUGUAUUGUGUAAAGCACUAUAUAAAUAAAGGUGACUUGACUUAAA